AUGAAUAAAUUUUUUCCACUACUUGUUUGUGUAAGCUUAAUUUUUUUUUUUUUAAAAUUAUCCAUCAACGCUAAGAAAAUAUUUAAGAAAAAUAUAAAAAAUAAACCAUUCAUAUUAAAAAAGUCUAACAAUAUAAAUGGAAUUUAUUUUAUUAAAUCAAAAUUAAAUAAAAUAGAAAAUAAAAAAAAUAAGAAUAAAAAAAUGAAAUUAUUUUGCGAUCAUAAUGAUAAUGUCAAUAGAAUGGAACAACAAAAUAAUAGUGUAAAUGUAUCUAAGGAUAACAGUUCAUUUAUUUUUUCGAAUCGUAAGAAGUUAACAAACUUACUUCUAAUAGUUAAUUAUGAUGGUACGAAUUAUAAUGGUUGGACAGGAUUAGAAAAUAGUAGUGAAGUAUAUUUGAAUGCUCUACAAAAUUAUAAAAAUAAAAAAAAAACAGAGCGUCAAAAAAAUAUCGAAAGAAAAAAAUAUAGUACUGUUCAGAAUAAUAUUUUGGAUUGUAUAUUAAAAUUACAUGGGUAUAAAUAUAUUCACAAUAAUAAUAAUAAUGAGCAUAUUUGUAAUAGUUAUAAAGUUGGUGAUACAGAUAAUUAUAAUAAUGCUCAUCAUAAUGAUUAUAACCAAAAUAAUGUAAAUGGUAUUAUAAAUAAUAAACCCUUUGAAUUUAUAGGAGUUAGUAGAACGGAUAAAGGUGUACAUGCGAAAGAAUAUAUUUGUCAAUAUAUAUCAUAUGAAAAAGAACCACCAUGUGAUGGUGAUAUGGAACACAUAAAAAGAUCAUUGAACAGUCUAUUAAAUAAAGAUAUAAAAAUAUUAGCUGUCCUAAAAAGCCCACAUGAUCAUUUCAAUAUUAGAUUUCAUAAUUCUGGAAAAAUUUAUACUUAUAAUUUAGAUAUUAGAAAUCCUAGUCAACCCUUAGAAAGAAAUUAUGCAUGGCAGCUUUAUGACGAUCCAAGGUUUUUCUUCUUAUCAAAAAAAACAAAUAAACAUAAGAAGGAAGGAACACCGAAUAGUAUACAUAAUGCACAACAGACCUGUACAACACCAGGAGACAAAAAUGGUAGGAAGGCCUUAUAUAUAGCUAACAAAAAAGAAGAAGAUUUAAAAUAUAUUUAUGAUGAUGAGUUAAGUCUUCUCUUUGGCGAAAAUUAUAUUCCUAAUGGAACAUAUGAUGACGAAAAUUUGUCAGAUGAGAAACAAAAUUGUUUAGAUUGUGAAAAUAUAUCUACUAAUCAUAUAUCUAGUAGUAAUGAUCCACCUAAUGAUAACAUAUGCCUUAGUAAUGAUCUACCUAAUGAUAAUAUAUGCCUUAGUAAUGAUCUACCUAAUGAUAACAUAUGCCUUAGUAAUGAUCUACCUAAUGAUAACAUAUGCCUUAGUAAUGAUCUACCUAAUGAUAAUAUAUGCCUUAGUAAUGAUCUACCUAAUGAUAAUAUAUGCCUUAGUAAUGAUUUACCUAAUGAUAACAUAUCCCCUAGUAAUGAUCUACCUAAUGAUAACAUAUCCCCUAGUAAUGAUCUACCUAAUGAUAACAUAUCACCUAGUAAUGAUCCUCCCUCUUUUUACCAUAAAAAUAUGAAAAGUUCAUAUAACGACAUAAGCCACAGCAUGAAGAUAAUAAAUAAAGAAAAAGAAAUAAGGUCAGUAAUACCAUGUGAUAUUAAUAAAAUAAAAGAAUGUGCCAAGUUAUUUAUCGGCCAUCAUAAUUUUGAAUGUUUUCGUGGAACCUUAAAAGGAACAGAGAAAUUAAGAAAAAUCAAUACUUUCUGUACGAUUCAUUUUUUAGAUGUAUAUGAGUUAAAAAAUAAUUUAUAUCAAUUUGUUAUACAGGGGGAUCGAUUUUUAUAUCAUAUGAUUAGAAUUAUUGUAGGUACACUAGUCCAAGUCGGUGUUGGUCUUUUAAAUGUAGAAGAUGUAAGAGAUGCAUUACAUUUAUGUAAGCCUCUUAAAGUUAAAUUGUGUGCACCUUCGCAAGGGUUAUGUUUGAAUAAAAUAUUAUUACAAGAGCCACUGGAUAAAUUAAUAGGUUCGGCUUUAAUAUCAAAUUAA